AUGCAGGACCUGACGCUACCGUCUACGAGAACGGACGUUGCAGUCCCCAUGCCGCAAGGCCACCACCUCGUCUACUUCCCGCCGCAGAUUCCGCCCUCGCAGCUCCUCCCGGAUGGCACCGAUCCGGACCACUCCCCGGGCGGCGCCUUCGUCCGGCGCAUGUGGGCGGGCGGCUCAGUGCGUUUCGCAGACGGCUGGCAAGAGCAGCUGCGGCUGGAUGGCCGGCGCGCGCUGUGCGUGGAGAGUGUUGGCGACGUCAAUAUAACGGAAGGCCGCGCACCCGGGACGGAGAAGAUAUUCGUGGACGUCUGGAGGCGCUACGGUUCUGUAGGCCAGGAGGCCGAUGCCCGCGAUAUCGCCACCGUGCAGAGCAGCCCAGCGAUUGAGGAGAAGAGAGUCCUUGUCUUCAUGAGAGAACUUGUGGGCAAUGAUGGGACCACGCCGCAGGUCAAGGAGCCAAGAAUCGUGACAUUUCCGCAAAAGGCUGAGGCGUCUGUCACACUGACGCCACGGCACAGCCUGCUCUUUCACUUCAGUGCUCUUACAUUCAACGCACAUCGCAUUCAUCUCGACCCGCAAUACACGCGAGAUGUAGAGGGCCAUCCAAAUCUCCUCGUUCAUGGCCCGCUAUCCCUGACUCUUCUCUUUGCUGGCCUCCGGGCUCAGUUACAAGGCUCGGAGAGCAUCAAGUCAAUCGAGUAUCGCAACCUAGCGCCGCUGUAUGCGGAACAACCCUUAAGAAUCUGCAUAGCGAAGAGACAAAAAGAUGCGCAAGCUGAUGACGCUUCUCGUAAGACGUGGAACGUAUGGGCCGAAGGACCCAAUGGCAGUCUCGCUAUCAAGGGAGUAGCAUCUACGUGA